AUGUACGGUCAAGUUGUUAUUGGUCCACCAGGUGCGGGUAAAUCCACAUAUUGUCAUGGAAUGUAUCAAUUUUUGUCUGCAAUUGGAAGAAAACUGAGCAUCAUUAACUUGGAUCCUGCUAAUGAUAGACUUCCUUACCCAUGCGAUUUAGACAUUAGAGACUACAUAGAGUUGGAAGAUGUCAUGAAUGAACUAAACUUGGGACCCAAUGGUGGAUUGAUGUUUGCUAUGGAACUGUUGAUUGCUAAUGGUAUUGAUUUAUUUCUUGCUAAAGUUAAGAAACUCAUUGAUGAAAAAAGCUAUCUAUUAUUUGAUUGUCCUGGUCAAAUUGAACUCUUCACUCAUCAUAGUGCAUUACACAAGAUAUUCACCACAUUAACUAAAGAAACAAAGAUUAGAUUAUGUGUUGUAUCGUUGGUUGACUCCAUAUAUUUAACUAGCCCAUCACAGUAUAUUUCCAUUUUGUUACUAAGCCUACGAUCAAUGUUACAACUAGAACUUCCUCAAGUUAAUGUUAUCAGUAAGAUUGACUUGCUAAAAGGGUAUGGGCCAUUGCCAUUUAGAUUGGACUACUAUACAGAAGUACAAGAUUUGCAUUACUUGACACCUCAUUUGGAAAAAGAGUCAAACUCAAUCUUGGGUAAGAAAUAUGUACGCCUCACUGAAUUAAUUGGUGAAUUGGUUGAGGAGUUUCAUUUGGUGGCAUUUGAAGUGUUGUUUGUUGAAGAUAAGCAGAGUAUGAUUAAUCUACUAAGCAUUAUAGAUAAAGCUAAUGGCUAUAGUUUUGGUAGUGAGGUUGGAGGAGAUACAAUUUGGAAUGAAGCAGUUAGACAAGGAGGAUCUGCCGGACUUCAAGACAUUGAUAUACAUGAAAGAUGGAUAGAUGAGAAGGAAAAGUAUGAUGAAGAAGAAAGAAAAGCUGCAGCUGAUGCCAUGAAUAUUGAUAAAGACGAUGAUGAUGAAAAUCAAGCAGUUGAUAUUGAAGAUGUGGAAUGGGAAGCUGCUUUGCGUGAUUGGGAAGAGGAACAUGGAGGAAGUGGUGUCAUGAAUAGAUAA